AUGCAUUUCUCCUCAUCUCUUAUGCUUUCCCUCAUCAUGGGCCUUGGAUCUGUAUUAGCUCAGAAAGAUCAAGUUAUGAUACAUGUAGUCAAAGUUGGAUCCAACAAUGGCUCCCUGACUUAUUCGCCAAAAAAAAUAACUGCAGCAGCCGGUGAAAUGGUGCAAUUCCAAUUCGCUGGUGGAAACCACACGGUCACUCAAUCUACUUUUGACCAACCUUGUAUGCCCAUCUCUAUGGCGACCCCAGAAGUUACUGGCUUCUUCUCUGGCUAUAUGCCGGUUACAGGAGGCUCCAAUAAUAUGCCCACUUACACCAUCAUGGUCAAUUCAACCAUGCCAAUCUGGAUUUACUGCUCUCAAGGAAAGCAUUGCCAGAAUGGUAUGAGCAUGGUCAUCAACGAGAACACUAAGGCAAAUCCAGCCCGCUCUUUAGAAAAUUACGCUGCCGCAUCAGCUAAAGCCGUUGGGAAACAACCCGAAACUGGACCGACCAAAUCUACCCCCAAUGCCAUGACACCUGGCAUGAAUGGUGGAGCAUCUAGUCCUUCUGGUGCAGUUCCUAGACCCAGUGGAGGCGCCGGUGGAAACAUCGGUGGUGGUGGCGGCGGCAGCGCUGGUGGCAAUGGAACAAAAGUAGGUGGUGGAGCAGGUGGCAACGGCCCGUCUGCUCCCUCGCCAAGUUCCCCUAUCGCCUCUUCUGCCAGCAGAUUGACGAAUUUCACUUUCUCCAUGUUGAUCUGUGCAAUUGGUGGCUUAGUUUUUAUUAUGUAA